AUGAAAAAGCUUGAAGACAAUGGAUUUAAACUUACUGAGUUCAAUGAAUCACGAUAUCUCUGUCAUUCAUGCUAUAGUAAUAUGAUAGUAAAUCCAGUAAAUAAAAGAAAGUGGAAGAAGAAAAAGCAUACAACCAUCAAGCGAAUCAAACGAACUGUUAAUCAAUCUUAUAGCAUUAGCGAUCAUAAUGUAAAUUCUAAAACUAUGGUAUUAAACAAAUAUAUGUUAGUUCCUAAAGGUGAAUAUAAAAAAUUAGUAUCUCAAAAAGAGAUUAAUCAACUUAGACAAGAUUUAAGUCAAGUCAAAGAAGAGAUGCAAAUUCUACAAACAAAAUUAGUAAUGCGAAACCAAGAUUCUGAAAAAUUUAAGAAUGUUUUAUAUGAUCCUGAUGAUUUUAUAACAAUGUUGAAUAAUUAUAAUCCGAAUUUAAAAUCUUUUUUUAAUGCGAUGGUUAAAAUGACUAGUCCAAAAGAAAAGAAUAGCGAUGUUAACAAAUGUAGAAUUGUUGGUAUUUGCUAUGAAUUUGCUGGAAUGCAUGCUGGUAUUAGUUUAAUGACUAUGGGGUUGUCGAAACAAGGAAUUGAUGCAUUGGCUACUUUAGACAUCACUGCAUCAUAUAGAGUUAUUGCAGCAAAAAGAUGUAAAUUGUUAAAAGCACGAGAUUCAGAUCUUGAAAUAUAUUUUCAAAAUCAGUUAAAAUAUGCGCAUUUUUUAAAUAUUGAUGACUAUCAUGAUAUACACGAAAAAUGA